GAUCUGCCCGCCUCAGCCUCCCAAAGUGCUGGGAUGACAGGCGUGAGCCACCGUGCCCGGCUACCAGGUUUGGGUUUCUUUGGUCAGAAUCACGUUUUCACCCUGGCAGUGACUUGUCUUGAUUGUUACUUAAGGUUUUAGAUGCCACAAAGCGGUUAGGCUGUGAGGAAAUGGAAGGGUACGGACCUCUUAAAGCACACCCGUUCUUCGAGUCCGUCACGUGGGAGAACCUGCACCAGCAGACGCCUCCGAAGCUCACCGCUUACCUGCCGGCUAUGUCGGAAGACGACGAGGACUGCUAUGGCAAUGAUCCCAGAGGAACCCACAUAUGGGACAUGGCAGCUCAGGACAACACCCAGCCACCUACAUGGGACAGGGCCACGCAGGAUAGAGACAAGGAGACGAGGGCCUCAGAGAGACAGGCUUCCCGGCCCCGCAUGGGUCCCGCACAGCCCCCUUCUCCAGCACCGAGGACAUGAGUGGCUGCCUCAGAGGUGGGUUAGAGGUGAGCCUGGGUGGCAGGGCCUUGGUCUGUGUCUAGCGCCUGUUUCUGAGCCAAUCCCACUAGGGGCAGACUGAGAUAAAACGAAGCCUCGACUCGAGCGGCUCCACGACAGAACACAAGCGGCUGCCCAGAGAGAGUACAUGUGAAAGACAUUCCCUGCCAAAGAGACAGGAGUGGGCAUCAUGGCUCACAGCCUCAGAGCAGGGCCAGGGCUGGGCCACAGCCCCCGUCACUCCACACCCCGCGUGAACUCGGAGGAGGCAGGCAGAUGCCGAGGCCCACAGGCCCAGAACAGAAACGGAGUCAGACGUUGCCCAGUGCAGACCGAUGCGCAGACACGGACCCGGGGGAGCAGGGCCACACCCGCACGCAGGUACCCAGAAACCCUCAGCCUUCACGGCGAGGCCUCGGGCUGUUCUGAGCCAAGCCAGCACCGCAGCACACAGGCAGGCCAGCCUGGGCCCAACGCAUGUGGGCGCCGUCCCUGCACCACGACCACUCAGAAUGGAACACGGCAGCUGGCAGCAGCAAGCACAGUCCAGGUGAUGGCACAGAGACAUUCACCACCCUUGGGCUGUCCUUGAGGGAGAGCAGGCCAGGGAAACAGGCCAUGAGGCACACCAAGGGCAUCACCAGGCAUGUGCCUCACACACCUGCUCAGACCACCUCAGUCACAGCAGGGAGGAGCCCCUCACACCCCUUGUGUCGCCAGCCAGAGCCUGGACAGAGGGAGCCCUCCAAGGAGCUGCGGCCAGGGAGGACCCCACACCCACAGGGUCCCCAGGCCUCCCUGUCCGGCAGCUGCACCGCUGCCCGUGGCCGCAGCACCAGAACUUCGGCCCCAGCUUCAGAGUACAGGGCCUGCUCCUCCCUGGGGCCCCAGGCUGCAGGCAUCUGUGUCUUAAGUGGAGCCCUUGGCACCUUUGUCGGGCCCUUGCCCCCAAAGCUAAGGCACCUGUGCCCAAAACUCGGCUUACUUUCCUCCGCGAGGUCUCUGUUAAUCACCAGCUUGCCAUGUCUCAGGUAGUUCAGCACAGGCCCAAAGUAGGUGGGGUCUCUGUCGAUUAAAUAGGCGCCUGUUUCAUCUUAAA